GCUUUCUGUUUUUCAUGAAAUAAUUUGGUCUCCUCAACAAAGCUUACAAAAUAUGUCCAAGAUCAUAUCAAACAGAGACUCCUAGAUUACAAAAGGAUGGACUUGAGAAGAAUCCAUUGUGGUGUGCUAACAAGAAAUACUAAGGGCUUCAAAAGAGUUCAUUAAAAUAAGGACUUCAUUAUUGAAGUCAUACCUCAUGUUUCUUAUUGCAUAAACAAAAUUUUUAUCUUGAAUUCAACAUGAAUGAGCAUGAACAAUUCCUUGAAUAUUGUCGGAGCAUGAAGCCUCCGUACCAAUGUCCUGUUGCCGUAUGUGGAAGAAUUUACAAGUCACUUGCUGGCAUACAUACUCACAUGACUACAUUUGAUCAUAAUAACAUGCCCACAACACCUGCUUCUACAGGUGCAUCCAAGCAACUAUCAAAGUCAAGCCGCAAAAAGGGACAGAAAAGAACUGCAUCACCAAUAUUGGGGCAGCUCAUUGUUGGAGAUCCUGAACCUCCUCCAGUUCCCUUCUCCACUGACAUGAAGAAUGUUGAGUUUGAACUUGAUGGCAAACCAAUGAAAAUAUCAGUGUAUGAUCCUAUUGAAAUAUUAUCUAAGGAAGAAUUUGAAGCGUCAUUGCCUCCUUGCCUUGAGGAGGCACCGCAACCAGAAGCUGCAAAAACGCCCCAGCAAUCAAAAGUUACUGCUGCCAAGGCCCAUAAAACACCUAAGAGUCGUGGCACGGGAAGCAGCACAGGCGAGCGUGGCUGCGACGUGCAGCGGUACACAAUAGAAGACAAGCGCAAUAAAGGAUUGCCUGAGGCUAACUUCACCAUCAUUGAGGACUACUACUCUAAACUGCCUGAUGCUCCGCCUCUCACUGAUGAAUACUUCAAAUUCGUGGAGAAAACGCACCAAGAGCUGGCGGAGGAGAUCGAGUAUGACUUGGAUGAAGAGGACUGCGCGUGGCUGGAACUGGUGAACGAGCAGCGUGAGGCUGAGAACCUGGAGCCCGUGUUGAUGCACAACCUGCAGCUCCUCAUGGACAGACUGGAGAAGGAAAGCUUCUUUCAGGCUGAGAGCAGCGGACGCGCGGACAGCGGCGUGGCAGCUAUUGACGAGGACGCCGUGUGCUGCAUCUGCAUGGACGGCGAGUGUCAGAACAGCAACGUCAUCCUCUUCUGCGACAUGUGCAAUCUCGCCGUGCACCAGGAAUGUUACGGAGUGCCCUACAUUCCGGAGGGUCAGUGGCUGUGCCGGCGGUGCCUACAGUCGCCCUCGCGUGCCGUGGACUGCGCCUUGUGCCCCAACAAAGGCGGUGCCUUCAAACAAACAGAUGACAGUCGCUGGGCGCACGUCGUGUGCGCCAUGUGGAUCCCCGAAGUCUGCUUUGCCAACACAGUUUUCCUCGAACCCAUCGACAGCAUCAACAACAUUCCUGCAGCGCGAUGGAAGCUCACUUGCUACAUUUGUAAGCAGCGCGGCGUAGGCGCCUGUAUUCAGUGCAACAAAGCCAAUUGCUAUACUGCGUUCCAUGUGACAUGCGCUCAACAAGCAUCUCUGCACAUGAAGAUUGAUGCGAUCAGAGAGACGAGCGUCUCUGGGACGAGCGUGACGGUGCGCAAGGCUGCCUACUGUGACAUGCACACCCCGCAUGACGCUGAACAGGGAGAGGAAGGUGAAGUUGGCGGCGCCGCCAAGAGGGCUGCCGAAGCCAAGGCUGAGUGGCGACUAAAGAUGAAAAAAGCUCGCAAAAUAUUAGCCGAAAAACGUUCUGCCGCUCCAAUGGUGGCGCUUCCCACCAUACCUCCCGACAGGAUCCAGGAGCUGGCGGGUUUGGCGGACGGCGUGUCGCGUGUGUCGCAGUUCAUGCACCGCCUGCUGGCGUUCUGGACGCUCAAGCGACAGUCACGUAACGGCGUGCCAUUGCUCCGCCGCCUUACCAGCACACACAGCAGCCGUCGCAGCAACGCUGCAAACAUCAGCAAUCAUUCCAACGCCAACGAAGGCGAUGUCAGCGUUACUUCUGACCAAGCAGCUGCUCCUUCGCCUGCGCCUGUGCCUCAAGAUGCGAACAAAACCCUUGCAGAUGACUCUGAAUCUUCGAAGAAACGGAAAGAUCCUAAUAGUAAGAAGAGCGACGCGGGCGGUCCUAAGAAGAAAAGGAAGCUCCUCACGGGCGUCAAUGAAAACAUUCCUACCGCCAAAACCUCAUCCAAAACCCCAUCCAGACCCUCCUCUCCCUUUGACGAUGUGUCGGCGCUGAUCUCGCAGAUCAAAUACUGGCAGACGCUGCGCCAGGACCUGGAGAAGGCCAGGCUGCUUUGUGAGCUCAUCAGCAAGCGCGAGCGUGAGAAGAAGAAAAUGAUCAACGUGUGCUGUGAGCUUCGCAUGGUGCAGCUGGCGCCGCUGGUGGCCCUCCAGCUGCGCGUCAUCGAACAGCUGCAGGAGCGCGACACGAACCUCAUCUUUGCCGAGCCUGUCGAUCUCGAGGAGGUGAAGGACUACAGUGACGUGGUAUCAUGUCCCAUGGAUCUGAGCACCAUGAGGGAGAAAGCUCAGAAUCAUGCGUACGCUUCUAUUGACGACCUCGAGAAAGACUUUAAUCUGAUGAUCGAUAACUGCCUGGCGUAUAACGCCAAGGACACAAUCUUCUAUAAGGCUGGCCUCAAGCUACAGGAUCAGGGAAGUAUAAUCCUGAGCAACGCAAGGCGCUGUGUGAGCACCACCGGCUUUGAUGAGACGACAGGCCUGCUGCUGCCUCACAGGCCUAAGCCUCCGCCCCUCGUGCCGGAGGCCACCAUCAUACAGGAAGUUGAUGAAUACCUGGAGUUGUUAGGUGAGGACGGUACUGGAGACGUCCAAAAACUACGCAGCCUUCUUGACCUCACAAACCAAAUCCGCCACUACAACUCCCGUAACAAGCGACGUAACUUGCUCAAAGAGCGGUUGGACAAGCUGACCUCGACGUGCACCUCUCGUCCUGGCAGUGCUGAUAGAACUGAGCAGCAAAGUGUUGAUGGGAAAGAGAAACCUGAGCUCCUGCAACCGACGAGCGAGUGCGAGUCAGCGGCUCCUGAAGCGGCUGCCUCUGAGCGUCAGGGGCGGGGGACAGGCGCCUCUCGUAGAAGUCGUGCGGCUAAAAGGGCUUCCCCUUCGCCUGUGGAAUGCCCUGCUGUCAAAGAGCCGAUCGAAGUAUCAGCAAUUCCUGCCUCAGAAUCUCCUGCUGUGUCUGUUCCUUCGUCCGACGUGGCUGCUGUUGUCUCAAGAUCUGCUCUUGUCCCGGAACCAACGCACACUCAACCUGUUCCUCCUGCCCGUGACGCAGAGUCCUGUGAGAAGAAGGAGCUAAAAUCGGGCGUAACUCCCUCACCUCGAGCAGGUCGUGGGCGGGAGCGAGGAAUUGGACGCAAAGGCAGCGCUCCAAACAAGCAAAUGGAUUCUGGAAAACAGAAGCGCAUCGACAGCUUUUUCACAAAACUUCCUACUACGCCAAAACCUGCUCCAGUGGAUCCGUCACGUGUUGAGGAAACGACAACAUCACCUCUCCGUGACAAUGACAUGUGCAACGCAGAUGCUUCUGUCCCAUCAUAUCCAAUCAUCGAUGAAGAGCUUCAAGAGUCUCCUGAUAGCAGUGAGGAUGCCACAGGUGCUUCCCAACGCAGGACAGACUACCCCGAGGAUGGAACAUCGUCCACUCUACCUUACAGAGGAUCAGGUCGCAGGAGGGGACGUCCAAGCAGGCGUCGUCAGGGGCCUUCGGAAAAACCGUCAGUUGUUAAAUCCUUUGAAACGAAAGAAGAUGAGAGCAAAUCUGCGGAGGAUACGUCGCGCCCCGCAGAUUCUACAAGCACUCCCUGGAGUGACGGGAUGACCGCGUGCGCAGCGCCCGGGAUCUCCGUUGUAUCGGAGGACAGCGCUUCGAGUGAAGGCAUGGUGAAAAAGGCUCCUGAAACGGACGAAGACACUCACUCAGAGAGCACAAGCAGUCUGGGCGACUCUGACGACACUUGUUCAGACUCAGACUCAGACACUGGCGGGGGUGCGGGAGCAGAGUCAGAAUCUGGUGCCGGUGACGCAGGCGCGGACGGAAGAGCUUCUGGUCAGGAAAUCCAGCUGGAGCCUCUUGACCUGGUCUGGGCGAAAUGUCGGGGCUACCCUUGGUACCCGGCGCUGAUCAUCAACCCAAAGAUGCCUCGUACGGGCUACUUCCACAACCACGUGCCUAUCCCAGUGCCGCCCCAGGAGGUGCUCGACUUGGCCCACUCCUGCCCUCUCACUCAUCAAUAUCUUGUGCUAUUUUUCGACUCCAAGAGGACAUGGCAGUGGCUGCCGCGCAGUAAACUAGAGCCACUGGGGGAGCGCCCUGAAUUGGACAAAGCAAAACUGGUCGAGUCGCGCAAGCCUACGGACCGCAAGGCCGUGAAGCGCGCCUACGAGCAGGCCAUCCUCCACCGCUGCCGGGUCACGGGCGACCAGGAUACACUAACGGGCGAGAGUGAAGAGGAGCUACCGGCUGCCAGCACAUGACCAACUACUUCUUAAGAUAGUCUAUAUAAUGCGAGAGAACACGACAGUGCCUGUACAUAGUUCACGUCGUCUGUAGAUAACGAGAGCUGAGUUGUGAUAUUAUAUUUCUGGCGCGGAGCACGAGAUCUAAUAUGUUUUAUGUAGUUACUAAUUUAAGUAGAAAUUUAAACGUUAUUUUUCAUUCAUGAAUCGUGGUUGGAUCUUAGAUUUUUUCAGCGUCAUUAAAGGCAAACUCUUUGUUCACAACACUAACAAGAUGAUGGAUUGGAGUCCAUUAGAUUGCCGGUACAAGGUUAGUUUCGUACUCCUCAAGGACAAGUAUUGCCCUUCGCUGAUAAUAUCAAGUGAAACCCUGCGGUUCGUAAAUCGGACAGACUGCCUAUUGGUGCAUUUGACAGGUUCCGCUAGGCGAGUUGAAGUCGCACGUUUAGUACACUCUCACUUGAAUGCAGGGAUAACAUGGACUAAAUAAGCGAAUUUCUUUCCUAGAAGCAUAGGCUUUGUUUUGUGAUUAUUCUAGGUUUGGGCAAACAACACUUUAUUCGUCAUGGGGACAUUGUUCAAAGUACAAUAAUUCAGGUUCAUACCAACAGCACUAAUAACUAUGGCUUAUUCACGGGAAAAGGAAAUAGAAUGAAGUAUAUACAAUCUCCUUUCAUUGUAAUCAAAUAGCGAAUAGGUUGCUAUAAGUAAACUUAAAAUAAUA